GACAGACAGACAGCUAGUCUGACAACAAAGACGGAGUACAGCGUGCAAUGAGAAGAUAGAUUUAACUCCAGCAAUGUUGAAGCUACGUGCUGUGAGGGUGAAGAAUGCUCUGGUGCGAGAGUGCAUGGCUGAGUUCUUGGGGACUUUUGUUUUACUGCUCUUUGGCUGCUCUGCUGCAGCACAGGUAAAGACAAGCAGAGAAACUAAAGGCCAGUUCCUGUCAGUCAACAUGGCUUUCUCUGUGGGUGUGAUGUCAGCUAUGUAUCUCACCAAGGGCAUCACAGGUGCUCAUCUGAACCCAGCAGUGUCUCUGAGUUUUUGUGUGUUGGGCCAGGUACCCUGGGAUAGGUUGCUGCCCUACUGCCUCUCCCAGCUGAUAGGGGCUUAUGUGGCAUCAGGGCUUGUCUACCUGGUCUACUAUGAUGCUAUAAUGGACUUUAGUGGAGGAGUAUUGACUGUAUAUGGCCCAAAUGAGACCGCGUCAAUAUUUGCCACAUAUCCCUCAGAGUACAUGACUUUGGGCAGAAGUUUUCUUGAUCAGGUAGUUGGCACUGGGAUGCUGAUGUUGUGCAUCCUGUGCUUGGGUGAAAAGAGGAAUACACCGGCUCCAACUGAGCUGAUUCCUCCUAUAGUGGCAGUGAUUGUCCUCGGGAUCUCGAUGUCAAUGUCAGGUAACUGUGGUGCUGCAAUAAAUCCUGCACGGGACCUGGGGCCACGCCUCUUUACGCUGACGGCAGGCUGGGGCACAGAGGUCUUUACGUGUUACAACUACUGGUUCUGGGUUCCCCUCGUGGCCCCACCUAUCGGAGGCGUUAUAGGUUCUUUCAUGUAUGUGAUCUUCAUCGAAUGGCACCUGCCUGACCCAGACCAACUGGAGAACCCCUCAACUUUUCCCACCAUCAGUGACAAAAUCAAGCAGCCCAGCAGUGGAGUAGAGUUAAAGGAUGUACGUUUCUAAGUUACUGUAAUGAAAAUAUGUCCUGCAUGACAAGUCUGCUUCCAACUUUCAUGACCAAUACAGACAGCUAAAGACAGCAAUCUGUUUGAAAUUAUGUUUGAGAAAGCCGCUGUUAAGACGCACACGAAUCUUGUGAUCUUCUCUUGGAAAAUUAACAGGAAUAUCUUUUUAUUUAGGAUAGUGAGCUUCUACUUACAACAAGUAGAAGUGGCGGCAGCUGAAAGAGAUAUUGAAUGUGAUAAUGCUGUUUACAUUGAUGCCUGUAUU